AUGAGGCAACUAAUUCGACUUUGGAUGGCUGAGGGAUUUAUACCGCAAAUUGGGAAUCGAAAUAUGGUGGAUGUUGCUGAAGACUACUUGGAGGAACUCAUUGAUCGGAGCUUGAUUCAAGUGGCAACAAAAAGGCUAGAUGGAGGAGUCAAAACAUGUCGUAUUCAUGAUCUUCUACGAGAUUUUUGUAUAUCAGAGAGUGCGGAAGAGAAGUUUCUUGCAGUUCAUUCAGAUUUUAAUCUUUCACCCAUGAGAAAAUCUCGUAGAAUUUCUAUCCACUAUGCCAACCAUCAGUACAUUUCUUCCAGUCCUUGUGAGCUUUCAAAUAGUCGUUCUUUAAUUGCCUUCGGGGGGUUUGUUGGACUCGAGAGUCCUCUUGCUAAACUAAGCGAAAGUAACAAGUUGGUUAAGGUGGUAGAGCUUAGGAAUAUGUGCAUUCCUUGUUUAAUCCCCAACAAUAUUGAAGACCUGAUCUUUUUGAGGUACUUGAGUUUUCGAUCUGAUGUCAUUCCAGAUUCCAUCUGCAACCUUUGGAACUUGGAGACGUUGGACAUAAGAAAUUCUAAGCCAAAAGAGAUUUCUACAGAAAAAUGCUUGCUCUUGCCCAAGGGGAUACGGAAGUUAAAAAAAUUAAGACAUUUGUUCCUGGAUGGGCCAAUAUCUCUAGCUAGUGAAGUGGCUUUACCCAAUCUUCAAGUCCUUACUGGUAUAGCUAUGGAUAGAGACACUGAGGAAGCCUUUGCCAAGGCCAGAUUUCCCAGUUUAAGAAAAUUAGUAUUGUAUGGGGUGCAGUCAGAGCUAUUGUCAAGCCUUCAGCCCUUGCGCCAUCUACAAACUUUGAAGAUUUAUAAUAAACAUCUUGCCUCCCUUUCAAGUCCGAGUUCAUUCCAGUUCACCCUCACAAAGAUAACCUUAAUAGGCCCAAACUUAUCUGCAGCUGUCAUGAGAGUGUUGGGUAGCCUUACCAGCCUUCGAAUACUCAAAGUAGGAGGAUAUUCCCAACGAGGCACUUAUAAUUUCCUCAAUUGGGAUGAAGGCAGUUUUCUUCAUCUUGAAGUCUUUAAAAUGAAAUAUAUGAAAGUUUUAGAAUGGACUAUGGGGAAAGGUGCAAUGCCAAACCUUCAACGUUUGGUCAUCGAGCGUUGUGAUUUUUGCUGUAUGUCCCCCGAUGGACUAAGGAGCUUGACUGCCUUGAGAGAUGUGGAAGUUUUAUAUCCCUAUGGAGGUCAGAAAAGAAUGCUUCAUCUGUGGCAGUUGCACAUGAGGGAUGGCUGUAAGCUCCAUGUCUAUCCACCUCUGCAAAGUACAAAUUGA